AUGCUCCACAUCGAAUGUUUGGUAAAUGAAAAGUUUUUACCCAUCCGAUUUACGAAAAAAGCGAUAGAUAUUCGAGUAAUUGGCCAAAGUAUUAAUGGGCGAGAAUUCGUUUAUAAAACACGUUACUUGAAGGAAAGAGGAAUAAAUUUAAAGGAGAUUUUAAUAUACCCUAGUUUAAUGAGGGAGAGAAAGAUUGCAGAAGGCUUGACCAUUUUAUAUUAA